AUGCUGCUCGUGUUGCAUGUCAUCCACGCCCCACACCUCCUUCUCAUAGCAAUCAUCGCUACAGUGCUCAUCGCAGCACCCAGUUUGGCCUGGAGUGCCACAACAUUUGCUAUCCUGGGCGUGGCGUACUCGCCAACUUUCAUAGGAGCACCAGGGUCCACGGGUAUGCGAACGUGGACGGCAUUUCAGCUGUGGGCUACGAGGGUCGUAGAAGAUGCAGCACGGCGCUGGCAUGGCGAGUGCCGAGUGGUGCGAGAUGGAUCAUGGAGGAAAAGUAAACGGGAGGAGCGUCGGUACAUCUUUGGGUACCAUCCACACGGGAUGUAUCCCGCCGCAGCGUGCUGGUUCCACCUCACGCCGCAAUUCGCCUCGUUGUUUCCCUCGGUUCCUCCUCCUGUGACGCUCGGUGCCUCUGUAAUCUUCAGGGUACCCAUUUUGAGGGAUGUCGCGAUGUGGGCUGGUGCACGAAACGUGUCGCGCAACGUGUUUUUGAAGAGCCUUCGCGAACAGGGUGCCGUUGUCCUGUGCCCCGGUGGGCAGGCAGAGCUCGUGGAGCACGUUGGAGGGGACGGCGAUGACGUGGUCACGCUGUGCACCAGGCACAGGGGCUUCAUUCGAAUAGCGAUUGAGGAAAACGCUCACCUGGUUCCCGUCUUCGUGUUCGGAGAAUCUCAGGCGACACGAAACAUCAUCAAAUGGAAAGCUGCGCAACGGUGGACGUACAAGCGCCUCGGAUUUCCCAUGCCGUUUCUUCCUGGUGGCUUUAAAGGUUUCUUACCGAUUCCAGCGCCAUUACCUCUGAGCUUCGUGGUUGGUGAGCCCAUCAAAGUUCCCGAGCCGGGACCAGGAGGGACCGCCUUGGAGGAGGACGUGCUUCGGACGUGCGACGAGUAUUACCAACGCAUCCGGGAUCUCUUUGAGAGGUAUAAGGUUAGCAGCGGUUUCCCGCAUCUUCGGUUAGUGUUCAAGGACGACUGA